UUGUCAGUAAUUAUUUGAUCCGCAGACUCGACAAUGAAGCUGUUCCUGCUGGCUUCUCUGGUGGUGCUGGCGGCCGCCCGGCCCCAGGACCUGGAGCCCCAGUACAAGACGCUCGAGGAUGCCGGCAUCCUGCGCAUGGAGUCAACCAUGAACGAGGACGGCUCGUUCCAGUACGGUUUCGAGACCACCGACCCGAUCCAGCAGGACGUGGCCGGACAGCCCAAACAAAUCGGAGAGGAAAUCGCUGUCGUCAUGCAGGGAUCGUACAGCUUCCAGACCCCUGAGGGUCAGACCAUCACCAUCGACUGGGUGGCCGACGAGAAGGGUUUCCAGCCGCAAGGCGACGCCAUCCCGGUGGCUCCCGAGGCGCCGAACGCCCCUGUUGUGGACCCCACACCAGUGCGUGGCACCCAGCGCCUUUUUACUGCACCUGUGGGCCUCAUCUAAACAUAUGUUGGACCCUCCUCUUCAGCUUUUGGGUGGGCUCACUCAGAAUGUCACAAGGCCACAUACGCCUCUCAGAACUGGAUAUUAUCUGAAUAUACUACAGAUGCUUCUCUUGCAGAGAUGAACCUCCUUCUGGGCGCGUUGAGUGCACUGGGCCAUCGAACUAUGAAGUUGAUGCGAUGUAAAUAUUAUGUACCCACAAUACAUGUCUUUAGCGAGCACUAGAUGAUUUCUUACUGCGGGUCAUCUUACACCAUGUCAUCCAGCGUUGUGGCGGUGGCUGACUGCUUCUGAUAAGGAAUGUCGCAAAUGGUGGAAAAUCUUUGAUAGGUAUGAAUGGCCUGACCACCAACAAGAAAUAGGGAAAUAUAUGAACAGCAAUACGUAUAAUUUGAACCGCAGGCAAGUGAUAAGCGCAUGCACUGACCGACGCGUCAUUUAUUGAGACCAAUCAGUCAACAUUUUUUUAGAUGGGUAGU